UUGCCUUGCACGAAGUGGAUUCGGUCCAAAUGACGUAUUAGCCAAGUAUAUAUGGGCGCGGGAAUCGACCGUGAUCUGGCGUUUGAAGUGGAAAAUCGCUGCGCGCAGACAAUAUCGCGAGAUUGAAUAUGGAGAAAGGGCUACAUCGCCUGCAGCGCACAAGCAUAGCUGACAUGCUGGGCGCGGGUGAGGUGGUUGAGGGAAGGGGAUAGCUUAGAUUAUGUAAGCUGGAAGAUUACCGUUUCAGGAAGCUCAGCACGAGAGAGCAGCUUCCAGCUUCAUCCAUCCAUCUACGAUGUCGACCCUCCAAAAGUAUCAGACAGAGCUCAUCGAACAUGGCAUGGCUGUCGGUGCUUUGAAGUUUGGCACGUUUGCCCUCAAAUCGGGCCGGAGCUCUCCCUACUUCUUUAACGCCGGAUUGCUCGCUUCUGGACCCGUCCUGGACACUUUGUGUUCUGCCUAUGCGUCAACUAUAGCUGACGCUUUGAAAACGGCUGCUGCUGGCUCACCAGGAUUGCCCGAAUUCGACGUGCUCUUCGGCCCCGCAUAUAAGGGAAUUCCCUUUGCGGCAUGCACCGCUUUACUCCUUCAUCGCGACCACAAGAUUGAUGUUGGAUAUGCUUACGAUAGGAAGGAGGCUAAAGAUCACGGCGAGGGCGGUGUCAUGGUUGGCGCGCCAGUGAAGGGGAAGAAGGUCCUUGUGUUGGACGACGUCGCUACCGCAGGAACUGCGAUUAGACAGGCUAUUGAGACUGUCCGCAAGGAAGGUGGGGAAGUCAUCGGAGCUGUGUUGUUGUUGGACAGAGAGGAGGUGGGCAAGAACGGUGAAAGCACGAUUGAAGAGGUCGACAGACUUGUCGGAGGGAAGGGUCGCGUCCCCACUAUCCUAAAGAUGAGGCACAUCAUGGCCUGGCUCGAGCAGCGCGGAAGAACAGAGGAGCUCCAGAGCAUGCAGGCAUACUGGGACCAGUACGGGAUCAAAAGCGCAUAAGCUCCCUGUGAGGGAUUGUGCCACUAGUCGGAGGUGUGGUGGCUACCUAUCGUGGAAAACUCUGUAGCCCUUAUGCCAGCAUGACGCAUUCUGCCCACGUAGUACUGAAAAGUGCUAGUUGCA